UAUAUUCAAUGAUCACACCUCAAUGGAUGUUCUAGACCCUGACGAAUAAUCUUUUCCCUAGGAGUAUUUCUGCACUCGAAACUACAAGGACAUCCAAAGUUUGGUGGGUAAAGGAGAGAUCUUACCAGAUAUUGUUGCCCAAGUGUCAUGUAUUCGGAAUGCCGAUAAGGUCGACGAAACCACAACUCCACCGAAGACUAGGUCGAACCUGAUUCUUACGUGUGUAUUUGACAGUGGUGACACCGCUUAUGUCUCCGUCUGGGAGAACCAAGCAUCUACGGUCCGUGAAGAUGUUGCUCUCCUAAAAGAAGAACCUAUUGUAGUAAUCGUCACUGGUGUGAAUCCCAAAAACCUGCGUGGUGACCUAUAUCUCAACGCAACUGCCUCGACCAGAUUCUUUUGGAAUAUUGAAAACAACAUUACAGAGGAAUUCCUUAAAAGGUACCAUUGCCGCGUCACCAUAGCCGCCUCACCAUCGACUUACCGGCCGAGUUAUCGGCCGUACAGCCCGCGAAGACGUCCAAUCAUAGCUGCAUCCGCAUAUCAUCGUUUAAGCUCGUAUCGCGUACCGUGACCGCCGUCCGUACCGCCACUAUCGUCCGUACCCAACCGCCAUCCGUACCGCGACCGCCGUCCAUUCUGUGACCGUUGUCCGUACUGCAACCACCGUCCGUACCGCGACCACCGUCCAUACCGCAGCCACCGUCCGUACCAGUCGUCCGUACACUGUCGUCCGUACCGAAGCUGAUCACCGUUGCCCGUACGUACUAUUGACCGUACGUAGUUCCAUGGCCGUGAUCGUUAGCCAGUGUUUGAUUCAACAUUGAUCAAGUAUGGAGCAUGAAGAUCCUUACUCUGAUGAUGAGUCAUGGUACGACGAACACCAUGGUACUAACCCGGAACAAGAGGCCACCGAAGACGAGUCAUGGUACGACAAACACCAUGGUGUAGAUCCGGAACCAGAGGCUACUGAGGACGAACCAUGGUACGAAAAGGACUAUGAAUAAGGGCAUGGAACACCGAACCUCCAUUGGCCGUCAGCUCCACAAACCACACCUCAUCGCGAGUCAUGGCCGAAAAGUGAUGAAGACUCCAAAGGCGAACACUUGGGUCCUUACUAUGCGCCACCGCGGUAUCACCAAGAGCUGCAGAAGGAGUACCCAAGACGUACCCGCAAAAUUCCGACCUGGUCACCGUGCGGAUCAUCCAGCAAGUCAAGUGCGUACCGUACCCGAACACAAGAUCUUUCGAGCUGGUCACCAUGCGCAUCAACGGCCAACAAGUCCAGUUGCGGCCGAGCUAAAACCAAGCCAAGCAUUGUGGGACCUUGGGCUAAGUCAAGGGAACAAGCCCCAAGGACGCUGGUGCAUUCUCCCGGAGCAACAAGUUUCAUGGACGAGUUGAUCUCUAUCCAAUCUCAACUCCAACACCUUGGAGAAAUGUUGGGCCAAGUAGAGACAUCUUACACCCAUGGAGAAUCAUCACGAAACCAACACUCGGCCCUUGUGUCUUCGCCAACGCCAGAUCUGCAAGUUCAAUGCCGGCUGGAACAAGGUGACUUGAUGCGGAACAGGCUGGAUACCGAAUUGAUUGAGGAUGACGCCCUAACGGAGCAAGCUUACCGUGUGCUGAGCUUAGGACCGGAUCAUGAUCAACAAAUCGUUCCUGAAGGAGUCAUCAGCCCAGGAGGAAUUAUAGAGAAGCCAGCCGAGCCGCCGGAUCACCAAGCACAUAUACUCGGUGGUACAAGCCCAUGCAAUCAAGCGAACAUCGGUCAACUCCUUACCGUUCAUGAUCGAGACCAAGCCGACACUCGACUGCCUUGCUUGGAGCAGGACAUGGUACGUGAUUCUACACCCCUGACGUGUACCGAACCACUAGGCGACGCCAAAGAAGUUUCUGACCGUAUGAUCAGUUCCCUAUCCGGUGCUCACUCGGUAAUGGGGAGUUUCAAACAAGAUGAGCAACCGAAGAUGGCCAUUGAAGGGUUCUUUCACUCGGUAUUAUUCUUGACUACUUCAAGUAGUAUGCUCCGGCUAGGAGUUGCCAAUACCGUGCCAUCUUUCUCCAUCCAUAGCGCCAAGGCCGUCACCGCACAGGGACCUAUGGCCAGUCAUCUUUGCCACUUCGGUGCGGACCAAACCUUUGUGUGGCAUCCAGGAGAUUCCCCGCAAACAACCAAGGUUCAUGAUGGGAUAGGAGCGACCAAUGCUGCUGGCCUUACCGGGGAAGUCUUAUCCUUUUCUCUUAAGGCCUUACUUUUUCCUUUUGAUGCCGGUAAAAUUAGACCUUGGUUGAACUUUUGAUGCUGCUGAUUUGGUUUCCUCUUUGAUCCAGAUUUUGGGCAGAGUUUUGAGGUCAAAACCUUUUCAAGAGGGAGGGAAUGAUGGAACCCGGGUCCUGGCCGUACCGCGGUGAGAACCGGUACAUUGGUACCAUCGUCUAGCAGCUCGCGUAGGAGCAUAAAAGUCGGUCCAGAACAUCAAUAUGGUAUCAGCGAGGCCCAAGGAUCAUCAAGGGGAGCAAGGCAAGAUCAUAUAGUAUGCGUCCCAAGGAUAUCUAUUCGAUAAGCCAAGCUCCAACCUUACACCAAUGGCUCAUGGAUAGCAUCACCAAUGAAGAGCCUUUGGUGCAACCAGCUUUGGGAAGCUUGAGUUGUG